UUUAGAGAUUAUUUUGUUUUCAAUGUCAGUUGUUGCGUGACAGCUUGUGGCUUGAUAUCCAUCCUGUUUAUUGCAAGAUGCGUGAAAGGCUUUACCUGUAAUAAGUGUGUCAUUCAGUAUUUGUAUGGUUAAGGGUAGCGGGAGGAAACGGGGGCAGUAGAGCAUUUAAUCUCUGAGUUAAAAGGGCAGUUUUCGGUAGCAAGCUUAGUUAGCCUGCCAGCUAGCUAUAUGGGUUGCGCUCUUUCGGUUGUAUAACUAACACCUGUGGCACCAAAAGGUGUGGCUUACUCAUGAAGAUUUGUCAGUGCCUGGUAGGAUAGGAUCUAAAACAGCUAACUUUGCAAGAGACAUUCCAGAAAGUUUGAUUGAUGACCAUGCCUUUUCUGUGGUCUGUUGCCAUGUCGUUACACCAAUGACCUCAACGGCAGUUUUGACCAUAGAGUCAGCUUUAUCCCCAAACCCUUUCUACAACCCCUAAGAAAAGACAUUAACUGACCACGUGCGUAAGCUGCAUUGGGGUGGUCUUCCAAAUGCCUACCUCACGCCUAAAGAGCAAAUCAUUGCAGCCACAGCCCUGAUUAGCAGCCACCAUGACAUCAAGUGUAGGGGAUGAUUGUAGCAUCUUUGAUGGGUUGAUGGAAGAAGAUGAAAAGGACAAAGCAAAACGUGUGUCUCGUAACAAGUCUGAGAAGAAACGGAGAGACCAGUUCAAUGUCCUCAUCAAGGAACUCGGCACAAUGUUGCCGGGCAACACCAGGAAGAUGGACAAGUCCACCAUCCUGCAGAAAAGCAUUGACUUCCUGUGUAAACACAAAGAGAUCGCAGCCCAGUCGGAGUCGAGUGAGAUCAGGCAGGACUGGAAGCCUCCAUUUCUUAGCAAUGAGGAGUUCACCCAGCUCAUGCUGGAGGCUCUGGAUGGGUUCUUUAUAGCAAUAAUGACGGAUGGGAACAUCCUCUACGUCUCUGAGAGUGUCACCUCACUACUGGAACAUCUACCGACGGACUUGGUGGACCAGAACAUGUUAAACUUCCUGCCAAUUGGGGAACACUCUGAUGUGUACAAGGCUCUGUCCACUCACCCCACCGACCACGAGAACCUUAGCUCCGAUUACCUGAAGACUAAGAACCACCUGGAGUUCUGCUGCCAUUUGCUGCGAGGCGCCAUUGACCCCAAAGAACCACCUGUCUAUGAAUAUGUAAAGUUCAUUGGCAACUUCAAGUCACUGAACAAUGUUCCCAACGUGACGAGGAAUGGACUAGCAGGGGUGUUACAGCGGUCACUACAACCUGCAUUCGAUGACCAGGUGUGCUUUGUUGCCACAGUUCGGCUGGCCAAACCUCAGUUCAUCAAGGAAAUGUGUACAGUGGAGGAGCUCAAUGAAGAAUUCACCUCGAGGCACAGUCUAGAAUGGAAGUUCCUCUUCUUAGACCAUAGAGCUCCACCAAUCAUAGGCUACCUGCCUUUUGAGGUUCUGGGAACAUCAGGGUACGACUACUACCAUGUGGACGACCUGGAGACAUUAGCCAAGUGUCACGAACACUUAAUGCAGUAUGGUAAAGGAAAGUCUUGCUACUAUCGUUUCCUGACUAAAGGUCAACAGUGGAUCUGGCUUCAGACGCACUACUACAUCACCUAUCAUCAGUGGAACUCUCGACCUGAGUUUAUUGUCUGUACCCACACAGUAGUCAGCUAUGCAGAGGUGAGGGCAGAACAUCGCAGAGAGCUUGGCAUUGAGGAGUCUAACCCAGAAGUUACGAAUAAGAGUCAGGACUCUGGCUCAGAGUCACAGCUGAAUACAUCCAGCCUCAAGGAGGCUCUGGAGCGAUUUGACCGCAGCCGAACACACUCAACCUCCUCACAGAGUUCUCACAAGUCCUCAUCACAUGUCUCUGACAACACCUGCACUUCAACAGCCUCCAAGCUAAACAUGGACACGGCCACACCUCCUCGGCAGUCUCUGGGCUCCACCAUGGAGAUGACAUCACAGCGUCGCUCAUCCAUCAGCAGUCAGUCUAUGAGCUCUCAGACCACAGGCCAGAGUGUAACUCCAGGUAUGAUCACUCAGCAACAACAACAACAACAACAACAACAACAACAACAACAACAACAACAACAGCAACAACAGCAGCAGCAACAACAACAACAACAGCAACAGCAGCAACAACAACAACAGCAGCAGCAGCAGCAACAAGUACAAGUACAACAACAACAACAGCUACAGACAAACGUACAGCCGGUGAUGGAAUUCUCAGCGCAGGUGAAUGCCAUGCAGCAUCUAAAGGAGCAGCUAGAACAGAGAACAAGACUGAUCCAAGCCAACAUCCAGCGGCAGCAAGACGAGCUGAGACACAUCCAAGACCAGCUGCAGAAAGUCCAGGGACAGGGCAUACAGAUGUUGCUGCAGCAGGCGGGUGGAGCGAUGAACGUGCAGCUUCCCCAGGUGGGGUUGGUCCCACAAGCAACUACUUUGAACAGUCAGGUCCAGCAAACAACAAUUAACCCUGCCCAUUCAGGAACUCAGCAGCUCACUAUCCAGCAGCAGGCACCACCCCCCCAGCAAAACCUACAGCAGCAGCAGACCAACGCCCUCACACAGGAAUUCAUAUCAUGUCCCUCCCUCCUUCCCCACAUUACUACUCUCCAGCCCCAGCGUCAACCCCAGCAACCUCCCCAGGCUCAGACCCAGGGCUCUGUAUCUACUCCACUAUACAACACCAUGAUGAUUUCUCAGCCGGGUCAGCCCAACGUGCUUCAAAUCAGCACCAGCCUGCCACAGACCAACACACAGCAAGGCACCGCAGUGGCCACCUUCACACAGGACCGACAGAUCCGGUUCCCAGCAGGGCAGCAGCUGGUGACUAAGCUUGUGACAGCUCCAAUGGCAUGUGGAGCAGUCAUGGUACCUACCUCCAUGUUCAUGGGACAGGUGGUCACUGCGUACAACCCGUUUGGUGGGCAACAGCAGGGAGGGCAAACGCAGACCCUGACAUUGCAACCAGCCCAACCACCCCAAGGUCAGCCCGACCAAAAUCAGACUGCCGUAGUGUCUCAGGGUGGCCAGCAGGGGCAGCAGCAACAACAGCCAUUCAUACAGGGCACUCGUCUUCUCCAUAGUAACCAGUCCACCCAGCUGAUUCUUCAGGCAGCUUUCCCACUCCAACAGCAGGGCACCUUCACGCAGGCAACACACCAACAGCAACCGCAGCUACAAUCUCACCACCAGAGGCACCAGCAGCAGCUAAAACCACAGCCCCAGAAACAGCCGAAAACGCAGUCAUCACACAGGACUGACAGUGUCAGCAGCCAACCACAGUAAAGUCUUGAGGAAAACGUGUUAAGCUAGAAAACUUGAGGAAUUAAAACUCUAUGGGAUGCUGCAUACAUUUGUUUUGGGCUUGUGGCUAUCGCAAACGUCCUUUCCCCCAAAAUUGUUGCCCUCCCUUCUUCCAUCUGAAAGAAAUAAAUCAUAGGAAAGAGGAAAGCCUGUGAGUCCCCAAGGAACUCACAAGGAUUAUCACCAUGGCAACAGGAUGGAUAAAAAAAAAAAAAAACCUUUUCUCACCAGAGUCGGAAUUGUGAGGGAGCUGACCUUGUACAGAUUUACUGUAUGAUAAAAAAACAAAAACUUGUAAAUAUCCAAUAUAGUCUAACAGGAACCAGAAAUGUAGUAUUUUAUAUGAUUGCAUGGAAAGAAUAACUGUGUAAGCUUUUAUUAGUCGCUUUUGAAAAAUGAAUUUUUACUUUGUUCAAGUGUUUCCUGGUCAAAGAUGGAGUAAUGGCGUGCUGUCUCAGUCUUCUCUCCUCCUUCUCUAAAAGAAAUACAGUCCAUAAUAAGGCUUUACAGUUCUGUCAGUUUGGGGCUUGGGUUUUCUUGUGGAAUUUGUGUUUUUAAACACUGAAAAUAGCUCUUUUUAACUUUGUAAGUACAAAUUAUGUUUGGCAAGAAACUAGAACACAGUUUAACUGAAAUCUUUGUGGAAUGAUCACUGUACGUAUAACGGGUUUAGUGAUUCCAAGUGCCAAUAACAGUAAAUUUUCUUUGUUUUAUUUUGAGCAGACUAUUCAAAGGCAUAUAUAUUUUCCAACAAGAUAUUACCCCUAAUAAAGUUAUUGCGUGUGUAUAUAGUAGGGAUUAUUUUUUAACAGUCAGAGAGCCCUAUAUACGUAACAAACGGUAUAUCCUCAACCUCCUGAAACUUUAGCACUUGAUGUGGUUGUGUACAGUAAAUCACUGUCAAGACCUAGUUGUUUGUAAUCUGUGGUGUGAUUCUAUGGGCUAGUGUAUGUUUUUGGGAAUACAAUAUUGGUGUGCACGAGAGUGUCUGUAAUUGGUGUGUGUGUGUGCGCGCUUGUUGCCCCUUGUGUCUUACAAUAAUUGACUUAGUAAGGGUUUGAAGUUGCUGGUUGGUACUUGUAUUCUCAGGAAUGUGGAACGUUUUUUGCUUCUGCCUCAGUCUGGAACCAGACCAGGAAGGAUUAGACAGUGAUGCUGCAAAGAACAGAGAAAGAAAUGUUGGGUGUGUGUGAAGGGUGUGUGGUUGGUGACUAAAUCAAAUUGAACCAGAUCACUCAGAGCCUUCCUUGUAAUUUUCUUAUCAAAAUAGGAUUAAGAGAGGAGUUUCCAAAGACAGUAAAAAUGAUGCUGUUAUUUUAGUAAAGGGAGGAGGACAAGAUGUGAUGGAGUAGUAAUAUGGAAAAAUAAUUUUAAGCUAUUUACCCAGAUUGCAAUAGAUUGACAUCACUGUACCAGCAAACCUGUAUUUCUUCUCACUGUCUCAUGUUCUUCUGGAUCGUCAGUGUCUCAUCCUUCUAUCUCUUCCUAGGCCUCAGAAAGCCUCAUGCAGUUCAGUUCACUCGUCUGUUAGUUCUCAAAUUGCAGUUUAAACAAGGGCUGGGCCCAAGUCCAUUUCAAAUACACAGAUGGAAAUGGACUCAACCCCGCUACUACAGUUGUAAGCCAUAUCAAACAGAAAAGCCUUUGGUUGGAGGAAACAUAAUGGUGGGCAAAGAGUGUUUAGAAUGUGUUGUAUUGGUGAGUGUAGUUAAGACUGUGUGUGCAUGCAUGUGCGUUUGUGUGUAUGAAGUGUCUCCUCUUCUUGAUCCUACUCGUAUCACUCGGGGGUCACUAUUGGUUGCCCCUGGCGAUAGCCAAUCAGUUCUUGCGUUGCAGUAUAAAGAAAAAAUUGUAAUAUUCAAGAAACUUCCUCUCUGGUUGGGCUCAGUAAUCUGCAAGCCUGUGUGUGGGACAGCGCAACUUGAAUUCAUGUUUGUGUGAGAUAGUUUGUAUGCAUGCUAACUGUCACUGUAACCUGUUAUAUAGAAAUAGAUGUGCGACUGGAAAAGAAUGGAUGUUAGGCAAUGCAAAGCAUUGGUAACCUGGCAGGUUAUGAAGAAGAUGGGCAGAGUUAUUGUUUUACAAUGACAAACUGCUCAACUAACACUUAUCACCAACUACACAGACCAGUCUCAAAUUGUAACCCUCUGAUAUAUGUUUUUCAUUGAGAUUGACAGUUUGUGCGACUAAAUAUGGACACAUCUUUUUGUGGGGGUCUUACUAUUUGGUCUUCCACCCAUCACGUAACAAAUGUAGAUCCUCUAAUAGACUAGUUUGUGUACAAGGCAUUACUCUAAAGGGUAAUGUUGAAAAGUGUUUGUCACUGAUCCCCAGCCCAAAGAAUGUAAAGGUGUUUUAAAGAGACUAAUGGAUGUUGUAACUGUUGAUUAUGGAAAACCUGUGACAGGCUUUGUGAUGAAGGAAAACUACAGAGAUCCACAUAUAGAAUUAUAAAUACAAUCCUAUUUACAAGCUUUGCAUUAUGAAAGAACCUCCUGAAUGUUUCACCAUUACAAAAUCGUUGUUUCUGUUUUUUGGCAAUAUUUUCUGGUUAGAAAACAUGUUUAAAGGUGCGGAAAGUUGAAUCGAAGGAUAUUUGAAAUGGGACAUCAUAGACAAGACAGCGGGCCCCCUCUCCACACAGAUCACCUUCCCAUUACACAAUCUGGUUCUAAAGAGUCCUAGUUCUAGUAUAAUACUGCACACAAACACAAAGCGAAAAACACCAGUAUUCAGUGUAAAACGGUGCUAUGCUUCCCUGUACUGUAUGUAUGUAUAUCCCUUCUUCUGCUCUUGAACUGUGCUCCUUUUAUCUACCCCAAAGUCAAAUAUAACAAUAAUCAAUAUUUUCAAGCAAAAAUGUUUGCUAUUAUAAUAACCCCUUUUCCCCUCUUGGUCAAUUUGAAAAUAAAAACAGUUGCAAAUAUUAUA